GGAGAAGAGUGUACCUGGACUGACGGAUCACAAUAUGUUUCUAAUUUAGUCAAAUAUAGUAGAAUGAUGGGCAUAUGAAGGAAAUCUAGAAGGAACAAUCAGCGAGGAAUUACCCGAUACGGAAGGGCGGGUUGGGUUCCAGUUUGCCACGCCUUUUGCCAGCAGAUCCCCCAUCCAACUCAAGGUCAAAAGUCCAGACCCGGACUUGGAUCGACGGUUACGCGUGUUCGAUACUCUGAGUACAGUACUUAUAUGAUAUGAUAUUCUUCCUUGGGUUAUUUUGUAGUUCGAUCUAUAUUAUCAUGCUUUGCUUUACUACGUGAAAUACUGGACUGACUACUUUCUUUGGUUUAUAUUUUAUACUUCUCUCUUUACUUAUACUUCAUUUUCUAUCAAGUACUACAUCUACUGCUAUCUACCUACUAUAUACUAUCUACUCCAUCCAAAAUGACCACCCAUCUACACCAACCACAUCACCACCCACACACCUCCUACAACCCCUACCACCCCUACACCAUCCCCAACCACGCCCAAACCAAGAAACAACGUUCACGUCCAAACCGACGCCGACGCCAACACCCCACCCCCGCCUCUUCAUCCUCAUCCAAAAGCAGUAACAGCAACCGCUGCUUCACCUGGCUCCUCCUCCCCCGACAAAGCAACACACACAUCGCCAAGAACCGCUCUUCAUUCAGCAGCUACCGACGAGCACCAUGCAAGAUCGCGAACCAGCGGGUACUAGGCGUAGGAACAGUGCAGCUCCGGGUGCAACGGGCACCGGACGACCCACGCACGAAUACCCUUGUACUGCAUGACGUGUUGCAUAUGCCGAAUGCCAGGUGUAAUGGGAUCAGUGUGGCGAAGUAUACGGGGGAGAGUGAGGAGGAGACGGCGUCUGAGGGGGGCAGUAGUGCUGGGGAGAGGGCAGUUGUGGAAGAGGUUGAGGAUGGGGGUGUUGUGAAGGUGAAGAGUGAGAAGGAAGAUGGGGAGGGGUUGUGGUUUGCGAGGGGGAGGAAUUUGAAUAAUGAAGCUGGGGAUGGGAAUGGGGAUGAUGGGUUGAGGGUUGUGUUGGCGGGGGAGAGGAAGGAUUAUGGUGAUGGUGGGCAGGGUGAUGCCGGUGCUGGGAAAGGAAUCAUGGGGGUGGUUGCGUCGAAGGAGGAAUUGGAGAUGUUGAAUGAGAGGGUCAGGAAUCGGUCGUGGGUAUAAUUCAAAACCCCAUUUAUGGGUUAUUAUUUUGUACAUAGAUUGGUAUACAUGCUGUCGUAUUCAUAAAUGAGAUCGUAACGCAGUUGAUGGCU